CAUUAGCUCUCAUGUGAUAGCUCUCGCGCAUGACGUGCCAACCAUAUGGCACUGGCAGCAGAGCUGGUACCCCCUUUGCUGGGUAGAGAUGCCACUCUCGCCUCCUUUUGGAUAGAGGACUGCAGGAGGCUGGAGCACCUCAAGGAGCCGCGUCCCGCUCCCAGAAGAUGCUGGGAACAAUGAAAUAAGAAUUCCUGCGGUCCGCCCGAAGCCACCAUGUUGACGCGACUUUUCAGCGAGCCCAGCCUGGUCCCCGAAGUCCCGAAAUUCCCCGGUUGGGCCGAGGAGUGCGAGGAGGAUGCCCGGAGCGAGAAGGAGGAGCGGGCGGGGAAGGGCUGCGCCCUCCCCGAGGAGCCGCCCGAGGGCUCGCUGGGGGAGAGCAAGGAGGAAGGGGAGCUAGGAGGGGACGAGGAGGAGGAGGAGGAGGAGGAGGAAGGCCUGGAGGAGGCGGAGGGCGAGCGGCCCAAGAAGCGCGGCCCCAAGAAGAGGAAGAUGACGAAGGCGCGGCUGGAGCGGUCGAAGCUGCGGCGGCAGAAGGCGAACGCCCGGGAGAGGAACCGGAUGCACGACCUGAACGCGGCCCUGGACAACCUGCGCAAGGUGGUUCCCUGCUACUCCAAAACCCAAAAACUCUCCAAAAUCGAGACCCUCCGCUUGGCCAAGAACUACAUCUGGGCUCUCUCCGAGAUCCUGCGCUCGGGCAAGCGGCCCGACCUGGUCUCCUACGUGCAGACUCUGUGCAAGGGGCUAUCCCAGCCCACCACCAACCUGGUGGCCGGCUGCCUCCAGCUCAACUCCCGCAACUUCCUGACGGAGCAGGGGCAGGAGGGGGGUCGGUUCCACGGCCCCAACGCCGCCUCCUUCGCCGUGCACCCCUACCCCUACCCCUGCUCGCGGCUGGCCGCGGCGCCCUGCCCGCCCGCCGCCGGCCCCGGGCCGCACGGGCUGAGGACACACGGCUACUGCGCCUCCGCCUACGAGAGCCUCUACGGCAACACCUCCCCCGACUACAACAGCUCGGAGUACGACGGGGGGCUCAGCCCCCCGCUCUGCAUCAACGGCAACUUCUCCCUCAAGCAGGACUCUUCAUCCCCCGACCACGAGAAAAGCUACCACUACUCUAUGCACUACUCGGCGCUGCCCGGCUCCCGCCCCGCCGCCCAUAACCUGGUCUUCGGGUCGGCGGGGAUGCGCGGGGGGGUCCACUCCGAGAACAUCUUCCCCUACGACAUGCACCUCCCGCACGAGCGGGGCCCCAUGUACGAGGAGCUCAACGCCUUCUUCCACAACUGACCCCCUCCCCGACACCCCUCCCCAUCCCCGAGGUGGCGGGGAGGGAGGGGGAGACCCCCCUCCACACCCCCCCCACCCGCGGCGGCCCCGCGGACCGGCCCCCGGGGCUCCGCCGUGGGCUUUGGUGCAAUAUGGGGACCCGGCCCCGGCGGCGGGUCCCCGCGCCCCGUGGGGACAAAGUGCUUUUUUGGGAGGAUUUCCCCUUUUCCUUAAAUUUUUUAUUAGUAUUUAUUUCGUUAUUUUUAAAUUUUGUUAUUUAUUGUUCUUUGUUAUUUAAUGUAAUUUAUUUAGUUAUUUUAUUACCGCUAUUAUCACCGCGAUUAUUAUAAUAACUGCCACAACAAUUAUAACGACUACAGCCAUUAUUACAAUUACAUUAUUAUUACUAUUAUUAUUAUUAUUAAUAUUAUUAUUAUUUUUCCCGGGGGAGAUGUCCCGCACUGGCCGAUCCCCCCCAUCCAGCCCGUCGGAGCCCCCCCGGUGCCCAGCGCGAUCCUCUGGGUCGAGCCGCUUCGUUUCCCUUUGAAUUCGUUUUAAUUUAAUUUUAUAUAUUUAUUUUUUAAAUUUUUUUUUUCUCCCUCCCACCCCCCCCCCCCCAAAUUUUGGGCCGUUUCUCCCCUCCCCCGCCCUGACCCCGACCCCCCCCGCACCCCCCCGGCAUUGGACACCCGCUGCCCCGGCCCGUGGGAGCGAGAGGAGCCCGCGCUGCGGCGCGGAGUGAAACUUUCCGAAGCAAUAAAGAGGCGCAGGGAGGAACGAACCCCAAUUUCUAUCUAUGCAAGAGGCCAGGCCCGGCGGACGCUCCGAGAUGCACUUUGCUUUGGGGGGGCCCCGGCCCCGCUCCCCGCCCCGGGAGCUCCUCGCAGCGCGUGUGUCAGGACGUUUUUUACCUGUUUUAAAAAACUUGAAACGGAAAAAAAAAAAAAAAAAAAAGAAAAAAAAAAGAAAAAAUAACGAUAAUAAUUAAAAAAAAAAAAAAAGACACCCCCCCACCCCCGUGGAGCCGCCCCGGUUUUCCCGAGCUGGCGGAGCCGGGAAGCGCAGCCCGAGCUAUGCAAGCGGGGCUCCGGGGGGGCUGGUGGGGCUGCGCCCCCCCCCCGCGGCGCCCGGCCCGGGGGUCUCCAUCCCGGUUUGCCGCAUUCCUUCGGCCGGGAGACGCCGGGAAGCCGAUAACGCUUUUUUUUUUUUUUUUUUUUUUUUUUGGUUGGGUUUUCUCUUUUUUUUUGGAUCUUUUUGUUGUCGGAACCUGCCCGCAACCACCUUCGAGAAACCAGCAUUUUUAGAGACCAGGGAGGAGGAGAGGAGGAUGCUUUCUGACAAACGUUUUGAAAACGAAAAAAAAAAAUGGAAAAAAAAAAUGGAAAAAAAAAAAAAAGGAAAGAAAAAAGUUUUGGGGAAAAAAAAAAAGAAAACGGGGAAAAAAAAAAAAGGGAAAAAGAAACAAAAACCCACAAACCGUUGUAGCAAAGGGGACCCGCUGCCCGACACCAGAAGUGCUUUCGUGUUUCCGUUCCGUUUCAUUUCGAUUAAUAAAUAUUUAUGGCCAACGAUAUGCAAGACCCCCCCGCGCCGGGCGCCGCUCCCGCUCCCCGGUCCCGGUUCCCGGUCCCCGUCCCCGCCGCCCGGACACUGCUCGGCGGCGGCGGAGCGCGGGGGCGCGGGGCCGGGGGGCCCGGCCGUACUGCAUGCACCGGCCCCCCCUCCCUGCCGGGGCUGCCCCCCCCCGGCCCCGCUGGACGUUCGUCGCCCGGUCCCGGCCCCGCCAGGACUCGUCGGCCGUGACGAGCCGCCGCCGGUGCGAUCGCGGCGAGGUUGUAAUUACCGAGCGUCCUUCGACGGCGAUUAAUAAAUAUUCAAUGUUGA